UCUCACUGGAUCACUGGGGAAAGCCGAAAUCAUUUCUGACUAGGAAAAGCUGAAAAUAUGUCGAAGCGCAGGCGUAACAAUUGUCAAUCGGUUGACGAUUUGCGAAAAGAUGUUGAGAACGAGGAACUACAUCAAGAAUAUGUGGGGUCGAGGAUAUUAAGUGAUAUCCAAUCUAUUAAUUUGAAAGUCUGCAAUGAUCUAAAUGUUGAUGUAAUUCUGUUUGUUCUUGUUUUGAAAUAUGGGUUGUCACUUGUGUGCUCUAUUGCCAAUGUUGCGUCUUCUUUGCUUGUACCCUCCGUGAAUGUACGUCAAGAAGCGUUGGCUUUGGUAUGUCCCAAAUUAGAAGAAGAAGAUGGAAAUGUUCUUUUACAGUCCGCUUCUAAAUUAAAAGUUCCUAGUACAACCGAUAGGAAGUUGCAUGUAUUUACACCUCCAUGCUCCAAAUGUAUUAAGUGCAACCAUGAUCUUGUGAGCUACAGUAAGCCAGUAAAAGUUCAGGUACACGAUCUUUCUGGAACUACCGAUGGAGUGAAAGUUUCGCUUAGAUGCAAUCGCUAUAAUUUGCUUUAUGGAUAUUCCAAGUACGGUAAUGGGAAAAAUGGCUGGAUGUCAUAUCCCGAACAAAGAAAAAUGGUCGAGGCUACUGAUGUCUGUUUCGUUGAUUCAACUUUGCUUCAGUGGCAGCUGUCACUCGCCUGUCAUUCGUGAGUAUCGUUUAAUGGUUUUUCUGAAGCGUUUAAUGAAGUAUACAAUGGCAGUAAGAGAACGAUAUGUUGUAGAUCUGUAUUACUGUUAUCACGUUGUUACAGUUUUUGAUGGUAAGCAUUGUUUGCGUUUUAUAUAAAGAUUUUGGAGAGAAACAAGUUGCUGCUUCAUUUUGGGUCGGUGAGAUGAAGAAUGAGUUGAGGGAAUUGGGGCAACUGGACUUUUUUGGUUUGCUAAAAGAAGAUGGGGACUCUUCUCGGGUUCUAGAAAAAAUAGACAAAAUUAG